AUCAUGUAUAGCUUAUAAAUACCAAAUAUCGAGAUAUCGAGACGGCAGUUUAUUGUUGAACGAAUUGGCAUUACAAAGUGUAUCACUCAGAACCGUGUAGAAAAUAAUUACGACAUUAUGAAGCAAAUAAUAUUCGUUGUCUUUCUAUUUAUUGCCAUUACAAUGGGACUCAGCGAUGAUGUUGUAGAGAGAAUGGCACAAUCGUUCUCAUUGCCAAAUAUAGACGUACAAAUUUGCAUAAAUAAAACAGUUGUAAAAAUCGAGGAUUUAAUGAAAAUGGAUGAAUUAGUAGAGAAUAGUAUUCAGGAAUCAUCAACAGAUAUCGAUAAAUCUUCUUCAGUCUUAAAAAUUGGCUGUUUAUUGGCUUGUUUGUUUCAGAAAAAAGAAAUGAUGUCAGGCGCAUACAUCAAUCAAAUAAAACUUAAGGAAUUCUUGAAUACCAAAAUGCCACGUACAGAUUACGAGACGAUUACUAAACGCGAUCAAAUAUUGGAGACGUGUAUUGAUCGAGUUAAAAGCAAAACUGACGAAUGCGAAGUGAUGCUUAAAUUCACUCUGUGCGUAAUAUUGGAAGCGAAAGAUUAUGUGGGUCUUUAAAAAUAAGUUAUAGCGAGUUUAUCUUCGAACUACAAAGUCAAGGCAACACGAUAAUUAUUCUAAUCGAGGGUAAAAAGGAGGAGUUAUGUAAAGCAUUAGAUGCAAAUGUUUGCAAAUACUGCGCGAUCGUUGGUCUCUGCUGGCUUACGGGAAUAGUUAUGAGAAUACAAAUGAAAUUAUAAAACCAAUGUAGAUUGUUUAUUUUACUGUACACAUAAAGUAA